GUAAUACGCUGGACUGAACAUCCGGUUCGCUACAUCUGACCUGAGAAUCAAAUCAAUAAGAUAAGCAGCCACCAUAUCCAUCAGGGGAAAAAAAAUCAAGCUAGCUAGCUAACGACAAUGCUCGGGGCGCUCAAUAACUCAAGAAGUCAGUCACACAUCUUCUAUGGUUCCUGGUUUUCCAGCUUCUGAGAGAAGACAGGGAUUUUGCAUUUGCAUGUUUAUUUUUAAUCAUUAUAAAGCUUCAGGCGCUGUUGCAACCAUGGAGCUAAGCAGAAAAGAAGUGCCCCUUUAUGGUCAGGCAAGAGUCUUCGCUUUGAUCCCCUUAGUAAUGGAAGAUGAGGAGGUUUUUGUGGUUAUAGAAGGAUCCAGUCUUCUUCAUGUUCUCCCAACUAAAGUUCACUCCAUUCUGUACUUCAUUGCUCCAGGCCAUAAUCAACAGGAGACAGUUUGUGUGAAAGCAUACACACAUAUCAAAGGUGUGGUGAGGUAUGUGGGCAUGUCAUUUCUGACAUACGUGGAAGAUGAUGCACAGGAACUGGCUGAGUACCUGGUAACCCAUAGUAACUGCCUCAGCACAACUGAAUACAGGGAUCUGAUUCGUCAGUAUGGUUUGAGUAACUGCAGCACCCAAACGCAAAUGGAUCAGCGUGUCACACUUGCUUUGGCGAACCUACAAACCCCUUAUGAUCUACUCAGCCAGUCAGCACAAGAGUCUCUCUUGCAUCUUUGUGUGAGGUUGGGCUUUGUACGUGUCUUAGAGUUCCUCCUCUGUCAGCCUGGUGCUCUGAUGGUCAUAAGCUCACCCAAUCAGGAAGGAGACACACCGCUAGAACUUGCCCGGCAGACCAAACAGCAUGAUCUAUUAAGGCUUCUCACCCAGUAGAAAGAUUUUUAUUUCUCUUUCUUAUAUGACUUUUCUACAUUUGGUGAAUGUUAUCAUGCUGGCAGUUAUUUAAUAAUAAUUUGCUCAAUGUGUGCGUGUGAUUGCUCAAAAAGCCACAGCAAGCAUAGGUAGCUUUACAUUUUACAUUUUAUAGAUCUAUGGGAUGUAAACUCUGCUAUAUUUACAUUUCUUCCCUUUUCUUUAAUUUUCUGUCUCUCUCAGUCCUCCUAAUCCACUAGCUACACCCCUGGCAGGGGUUUCUCAGGUGUGGAUAGGUCGCUCUCAUCUCCUCAAGUAUAACCAUUCUCUUGGAGUCAUGUCACUGUCAGUGUGCAUUUCCCACUAUGUGUACUCCAUUCAUCACAUGCAGUCAACCAUCUUACUACUAAGAGACUGUAUAAGGGACUCUUCCCUACUGCACAAGAUUGAAGAACUUGGUGCCAGUAAAGUGAACAGGCCAGAUCAGGACACUUUAGUAUCACCUUUAGAUGAACCACAUUCAACACAUGCAGUCGCACCAUACAACGUAUGGUUAAGCAGUUCAAGUGCUGAUGAAGAUGAAGAACUUCUAUUAUCUCUAAACUCUGGUGGAUCAGAUAAUCAUUCUAAUUUGAGUAUCAGCUCUCCUGUUGGAUUCAGUGAAAUCUUAGAAUCCAGUGUGGGAAGCAUACGUGCUGAUGAAGAACAGGAACCCUGCUCCGAGUCUGACUCAACUGCCAGCAGCCAAUCAGGAAUGCUGGUUUGCAGUGCAACAGAGUUUUCUCCAACCAGUUUUAAAGAAAUAAUUAUAAUCAAUGAAAGCAAGAAGAAUAAUGAAGAACUCAAUGCAGAGGAGGAAGAAUAUGCCAUUUCAUCUCAUGCGGAAAUGGAAAAGCCCAAAGUGUACCACACACCCCUUAUCAAAGGAUGUCAACGGUGCGCAAAUUCCUUCAUAACUACUCACAAGACCUGUGGUGACAUGGCUCCUGUAUGUUGUAAGGUUCCCCUGAAGACCACCAGUUGUUCUAUCCUACUUUGUUCAUCAAGCCACAGUUCUCCAUCUCUGCUUGUCAACAGCCACAACAACUUUGGGCGACAUAGGAGGCGAAGUAACAGUGAGGGGCGUGGUCAUGAGAACACUAUGAAGAAAACAUGGUCUCUAAUUGGAGAGUCGCUGACAAACCUUUCUACAACUUGCAAAUUGGCUCAAAGCACAGCUUCUGCACCACUAGAUUACACAGCAGCAUCAUGGACAGCUGUGGUGGAUAUACAGUUCACUAACACACUGAACACACAGGAAGUCAAGAAACAGGAAGUUAUCUAUGAGUUGAUGCAGACAGAAUUUCAUCAUGUUCAGACUCUCACAGUCAUGAUUGAGGUUUUGAGGCGUGGUUUAUUGGAAGAAGUGCAGCUUGAAGAGGAUGUGAUUGGCCAGAUUUUCCCAAACUUGGAUGAGCUAAUCAAACUCCACCGAAAUUUCCUCACUGCCAUGGAGAUGCGGCAGCAGGAUUCCACCACUUCUGAAAACCACAGGAACUAUGUCAUCCAAAGAAUUGGUGAUGUGCUGUUGCAGCAAUUCUCAGGUCUUCUUGGAACUCAUUUAACAGAGCUUUAUGGAGAUUUCUGCAGUAGACAUUCAGAAGCACUCAAAGUUUAUAAGCAACUACAGCAGAGCAACAGAAAGCUACAGGUUUUUCUCAGACAGCAGAGUAGUAACUCUGUUAUUAAACGAAGAGAAAUCCCAGAGUUUCUUCUGCUGAUUACACAAAGAAUAACCAAGUACCCAAUUCUGCUAGAGAGACUGCUUCUGUAUAGUGAAGAUGGCAGUGUUGAGCACUACGAGAUUUCAGCAGCGCUGGAAGGGCUGCGGGGUGUGUUGGCAGGUGUAGAGCUUCAUGUGAGUGAGUCUCAGCGAGCGCAGCAGCUAGAGGAAAUCAUCAGCCGUCUAGAUGCCAAGAGCUGCACCAGGCUGAAGAACGGAGAAAUCUUCAGCAAGCAGAUCCUCCAGAAUACACCACAGACACUAACAUAUGCUUCUACACUCGCAUGCAGAACUACAUCUGGCAGACUAAGAGAUGUCCUCGCCCUUCUGCUCACAGACAUCCUGGUGUUCCUUCAAGAAAAAGAACAGAAGUUCACAUUUGCUGCUUUGGAGCAGAAGCCAUCUAUGGUGCCAUUACAAGGUCUAAUUUUGAGAGAGAUAGCCAAUCAGGAGCGGGGAUUGUUUCUGAUAAGCAAUGACUACUCUGUCGGUCCUGAGAUGUACGAGAUUCACACAACAAGUCAGGAGGAACGCAACAUUUGGUUCACACUGCUGCAACAAGCUGCUGAGAGUCCUGAUCAUGAGAUGAAGCAUAACGAGGAGCUGAAAAGCAAGAAAAUACACAUGCUACAAGAUGCUCUGUUCUCUUUGGAUCUACAGAUGUGUGCUGCUCUGGAUGAAAAGUUGCGGCUAUAUACUAAGAUGGGAGGACUAACUUUAACUCCCUGCCACUUACUUGUGCAGCCCCACCCAUAUAACAGACCCCAAGGCUCCAGUCUGCUAAGCGAUGCACAGAGAGAGGUGGUAAAACUGGCAGGGGCCUUGAUGCCUUGGCUAUCCUGUAACCAUGACAUUUUCAUUCAGGAAGCAGAGGAACUGAACAUGUCUACUAUGAGCAAGAAAAAUCUUCUAAAAAGGGUGGAACCUGUUACUUUGGCUCCAGCAAUCAGCACCAACCAGAUUCGCUUUAAGGUGUUGAAGACUGUUCAAAGUUUAGCCCAGAUACUAUACAGCCUACAGGCUGCUGUGACUAUCCUGGACAGCUUCUUUGAAGUUCAGAAACUUCUCAUUAUGGAGGAUGAAGCCUUACCUUCAUGGUUUGUCAGUGAUUAUGGUGAUGGGAAGUUCUGUUGUCCUGUUUGCUGGUCUGCGCCUGCUCUCCCCAUGCAGAGGUCUGCUGAGCCCCAUGAGGAAGGCAGUCCAGCCUGCAGGUCCUACACAGAAGUGGAACAGAAAAAGAAGGAGCACACUGAUGAGAUGGAAAGGAUAAAGAAGGAGAGGGAGAUCCUGGAAGCCGAGCAACAGGAGUUUCAGGAGAGUCUGGACAUUCUGAGAGAUGAGGAGGUGAGGGUGGCGCGUGAGAGGAGGAGGCUGCAGCAGGAGGAGAAGAGAGUGCGGAGGGAGAGGGAGUGCCUGGAGAGGAGGCUGAGCCUCGCCCAGCACAACCAGAACGAUCGCCAAAGGAGCCUCUCCGUUGUCGUCUCACUGGAGAAAUGAUAUUGCAUGGGGAAGUGUAUGUUUGUGUCACACUCCAUUGCUUUCAACAAAUGCAAACAGAGAGGCCUAACAAUGAGAAUUAACAAGAGAGAAUCAACAUUUCUGUUCACCACAACUGGAAUAACUCAAUUCAUGAACCCCUGUUUUGUUUUCCCUCAAAAUGAGUUUUUAAGCCUUGAUGAUAAAACUGAGGCUUUGAGACCUGAACACUGGCAGGAUUACUUCAAUGAUUUUUUUAAUUAUUUUGAUUAUGUUUGGUAUUGAAAUGAGAUGAAGAUUGGUGCUUUCAGACAGAGUCACAUGCAUAUCCCCAUUGCUUGUGCAGUCCACUAAUUUCUGUAAUGUAGAGUGUCACCCACCCUAAUGGAUUUUGUGGACACUCAUUACAUGAAUUCUGAAGCUAAUAUCUGUAGAUUGUUGAAAUAUACCAUUACCUUAAUAUUAGUACUUUUAAGAAUUUGCAGUAUAGAUUGUGUGUGAGAUUGUAAGAGCAGGAUUCACUCAUUGUGUAUGAGUAAUUAAUAAUAAUUUACAUUUUUGGCUCUUAUAUAUUUAUCAGUAUCAUAAGGCAUGUGUUCCCUGGGAACCAAACCCAUAACCUGAGUUGUGUUUACUUGUAGUUACUCGAAGUGUUUACUUGACCAACUGAAACCAUUCCAUGAAAUCAUUAUCCUAUGAAGCUGCCAGUAUAAAUCAGCACUAUGAUAUAGAGUGUUCACUUUUUUGUCUAUAUGCUGCUCUAUGUAUGUAUGAUUUUUUUCACUGGUGGUAACCAGACUGAAAAUGGCGUACUCUCUGCAGAAUAAACUCCUUAUAUAUGGCA